UUCAACCAGCAGAGGACGACAUUCGCCCGCCAACCUCUCUCCCAUCAUCCACCCACCCACCUCCUCCUCCUCCUCCUCCUCCUCCAGUCAACCUCCUCCCUGUCCCCAGCGACGGCCCCUCCCAUCAAAGCCAUAACCUCUCCUAAUCCCCCCACCCCUUGUUGCCUGGAGACGGCUCAGACGAGCAGGUGAUGCAUUGACAGGGAGCAGAUGGUUCCCUGUGGAGAAACCCAUUUAUGUGUCUUUUGUCAGCAAGGCCAUCUUAUGGGAUAAAGGACUCUGCCACGAGACUACACAUGCCAGUCCAAAUCACCGCCCAUUAUUGUGUCCACGGUUCUUGUCUCACAUGAAAGCCCGUCCUGAAGACCUCAGACCUCCUUGUUUCCUGAGCUCCAAGUCCAGACCACAGCCUCCAUCUCAGGGGAGGACGCAGAAUACAAACGCCCUCACUGCCUUAAAGACCCAAACGCUCGAGGGAUUCUUCCAUCUCAACCCUGACAGAAGAAGAAGUGGUGUGCAGAAUGAGGGAUUGACGAUAGGAAGGCGUUCUGCCGUUGUUGUUCCUUGUCUCCCACUCCCUUCUACUCCGCCAUCUUCAACCAUCAAUCCAACACCUCCCCACCAGCACACCCUUCAGUCCGACUCUGGAAAACAACAAAGCAAGCAAAAGCAACAAACAAACACUGUCCCAGCAUCUCCCUCCUGCCCCCCUUUUCCUCCAGAGGAAAAAGAUGAACUUCAGGAAAGGGAAAGAGUGCCACAACCUGCCCUGGUGUCUACCACAGUGGCUGCCGAGCCAGACUGGAAGCUGCAUCUCGGGCCUGCUCGGUCAGAGCGCUCAGAGACGCCGACCUCCACGGUCUCACACGGGUCUCUCUCAGACUUCAGUCGUCCACCCUCCAGUCUGUUCAGCCGGAGCACGAACCUCGCCAGCGGCAGGAGCAGUGUCCUGUCCAGCGGCAGGAGCAGUGUCCUGUCUGCAGAUAUCAGGGAUUUAGACCCAGAGGGCAGCGUUUGUUUCUCCCCACUCCAGCCUUCCCCAGUGAUGCAGUCACCUUUGGCUUCUUCCCCUCCAGCAGGAUCCAACCCUCACCAAUCCACAUCCACGACCACGCCUCCACCCUGUGAGCUGCUCUUUAGUCAAACCAAACCCCUCUCACCUCGCCCGACUUCAAGCAUCCGUCCCUGUUCAGACAAGCCUGUGAGCAGUCGUAGGAGCACCAAAAAUCUCAUCCAAGAUACAUCCAUAGAUCCUGGUCUCAACCCGUCCUUGGACUCUGAUCAUGGCCUUGUUACACUGGCUUUUCCCUCCACUACUUGGUCUUCCUGCCCAAGUCCGCAAAGGACCACUUACCGCUCAGGGUCAGUAGCAAAGCUGACCUCUUCUCCUCCUCAGCUGGAGUCUCAUCGCUGGCCUGUCCUGCCUCCGAUCUCCCCUGUCAAAGGACGCUGCGUCUCAGCAGCAUCACGUUACUCGGAGCUCAGCUGCAGUCAGUCUCAUGUGUUUGACGAACUGGAGGCCAUCGCUCCUCGGUCAACUUCCUGUCCGUCUCUGGACGAGCCGUCAGACUCAUCGGGCUGCCCUUCACCUGAGACAGAGCUGUCUCCAGGCCUGGCAGCGCUAACGGUGGGCUGCGACUCCGGGAAUCUGGGCUCGCUGUCCCGCGUCCAGCUGCUCCUCCUGGACCGACUGGAGCCGGAGACCCUGCCGAGUCCCUACUGUCAUGAUGAGGAGUUCUCUCCAGUGCAGGACUGGCCAGAUCUCGGGAUGAACUAUGAUCUAGAGUUGACUUCAGCAGGUGUAGUAAAGAAAGAUGGACCAAAGUGGUGGACCGACAGACCAACACUACCAUCACCAAGAGCCACAGCAAACAUCAGCAACAGCGACAUCUCUUUCCAUAAAGCGUUAGGUGUUUUGAGGCCCCUCACAGCUGGCAGCAUCUCUGAAAGGUGUGACUCUGCAGGGAAAGUCCCGGAAAACAAAUCGGACCAGUCUGAAGGAGGUUCUGGGUCGCCUUCAUCAUGGAUAAUAGACCUGAGUCCGUCAUACAACAUGUUCAGAUCCUCAUAUUCUCCCUGCAAGUCCAACCAUGGUUCCAGUGCAGAUGAAGGGGGCCCCACCGAGGAGGAGUCCAAUUAUCCAGGAUGGGAGGAACAAGUCGAGUCCUCAGCGUCCUCAGGGAAGACGACCGAACACCAAGAUGAAGAGAAGGACAGAGGGAUGGAGGAGAGGAAAACAAAGGUGCUGAACAUACUUUCCAAACUGCAGGACGACACACCUCGUCAGCACAGUGGCAACAAAGGCCGCUCCAACUUUGAGGACUUCGACUUCUUGGCAAAGUAUUGCAUUUUCAGUCAGGAGAAGCUGGCUGAGUACAAAAGAGCUUUUGAAGCAGAGGACAGUGAUGGUGAUGGCUACAUCUCCUGCCUUCAGGUUCUACUUGCUAUUAAAAACAUCAUCCCACCUGAGCUGCUGUCUGACGAAGAAGAGAUUUACGUCUACAGGAUCCUGGAGAUGGUGGACUUCAGGGUGAGAGAUGGGCUCGUGGACUUGAGACUCUUUGCUGUGAUUGCUAGCCUGGCACAGAAAAUAGCCACCAUGGAUGAUUUUAUGAGAUCACUUAUCAACAACAUGGACUUCCGUUCUCUUGAAGUGAGGCUCUUUAAAGCGAAGCAACUAUUCCUGUUCCUCCUGGAGGAGCAGAGAGGGGAGGUCGGUACUCAGCAGGGCUUCAUCAGUGCCGAGCAGCUGCUUUUGGAGCUGAAGGCCGGGGGAAUCCAUCUGGAGCAGGAGGCAGCCAUAAGACUGGAGCUCCAGCACAUUCCCCCCCUCGACCUGCUGGACUUCCUGGCCUACCUGCCCCUCUUCAUGCUCAUUCACAAGUCGGUCAUCUCCAACCCUCUAGAUGACUCCAGCAACCUCUGACCUCAGCCACCGCACUGAACUGAACUGCCAUUAUCAGAGAUGAAGUCUUGUGUACAAAGGUAAUACCUGACUAACAGAGAAGGUUUGAAUCAAAGACACUGAAAUCAUUUCCACCUUAAAAGGGAAGUCAUUAUCCUAUCAUGAUCUUUAAUGAUCAGAAUAUCAAGCAAGCUGAUUCUGGAGAAGUCAUAAUUGAAAGUGAAACAGAGCUGUACAUCUACGCCAGAGACCAAUCUGUGGAAGGAAAAGAUGAUGUGAAGCAUUCAGUUAUAACUGUUGUUCCAAAGCAAAAGAAAUCAGUCUCUUGCAUCUCAAACGCAAGACGCUUUUGAAGUAAAAUGCACUUUGUUAUUUUACAUGCUUUUAAUAAAAGACAAGAGGCAAGCUCUAUUAGAAAUUUAAAAUGACUUUAACAAAGGUGGAGCAACAGUUGUAAUGAACUUUUCCUAUUAUGACAGAAGUUAAUCUGCACCCUGCUCUAUACAAAAUUAAGAUCAGAUCAAGCAAGUGUCUUUGCAAUGAAUAUAUUUCAUACAGUUGUGAAAAUGCUAAAAAGAACCUGAUUUCAUGAAGGUAGAUCAUCUUAUCACCGCUGACAUAAUAUACACCGAAUAAAACACAUAACAAUGCUGUUAAUUCUCCAUCUUUGUCAACUUCUUCUUAAAAACUCAAGUUAUGUCUCUUCCUUCGCUUUUGAAGAAUACUUCUGAUUUGAUUAAAACCUUAAAAUCUAUUGAAAUACUUGGUAAUAAACCUUUAACACUGAGUCACUUUACAUCAACAUAACAUGUGCAGAAUUUACUUUUUUCUACAGGAUUUGCAUUCUAAUACAUCACCAAAAGUUCAAUCAAAGUGUUGAUUGUAAAAUUGGUCUUAACAACGAUUUAUUUCAUGCACAAAGAUGGCGUCUACCUGCGGAUUAAUGUGACUAUUUUGCCAACGUAUUUGUUCGCCUCUUUGAACAACAGUGCAUAUAGAACGCUUUACCGUCCCUCCUCACAUUGAUAAUAUUUUGAUCAUUAAAGAUCAUGAUAGGAUAAUGACAGAUGUGUAUAGAAAACCCUACAAGGAGAGGCAAUAUUAAGUUGAUGGGGAGUUUUUUUGUUGCUGUUGAGCACAUGGACCAUUUGACAGAGCUGUGAAGUGCUGUCUAUGGUCCUGAACUGCCCUGAACUCUUCCACUACAACAACUGCUCACUGAGCAACACUGCAAACCCACCACACAACUAUUGUAUCAGUGAGCACUGGAUGAAAACUCUCAACCUUCUUUACAAAAUUGAUCUGACACACUGCUCUGGGGGUGGAGAGGGGGGGGGGCUGGUUGGCGGGGUUCAUGUAAAUUUGCUGAUGCAACAACUGCUUAUAGUCCAGAAGUAAAAAAAAAAAACAAUAUUUGAGCAAACAUAGCCACAGAGAUAGACUGUUGUCCAGUUCUAUCCGACUUAAUCAACACUGACGAAUGAUGUUCAAUAAGAUAUUCAACUAAUAUAGUUCGAGCCAUUGUUUUGCCUCAGCUUUGCCAAUUAGAUAUGGCCGUGCUCUCCUGCGGUGUGUGCACGCUUGACAGACCGCCACGGAGGAAAACAUAAUGGGCUCUGACAGGCAGCAAACCAGGACUGUUAGAUCAGGGACGUUCUGUAAGCAGCAUAUGCCAUCAUUUACAGCCCAGAACGAAAAGAAAAAAAUGUUAUGUAAAGUUUCUUUUAAAAUUACUGCAUUAUGCAAUUCUACUAUUGAAUUAAAAACUAUUAGAAACAGACUUAAACCUCACUUUGAUGUUAAAUAAAAUGUCCCUCUUACAUGUCGUUCCCUGUUUUUCACCUUCUCCUCUCUCAGCUGCAGUGCCCUCCUUACUGUGACCUUUAAGACUGUUACCACCAUGUGGUUAAAACAGACUGAGAACCUUAACAAGGUAAUUCUCUUGCUAAGCUGUUGGGAAAUUAUCUCUACCUGUGCAUCCUGUGCCAGAUGGUUUUAUCACUGUUUUAAAAUAACAACAGCAGCUCUGAGAAUAUAUUCGUCUCUAAUGUCUUGAACGUUAUCCCAAGAGUUC